AUAUAUAAGGAGAAUCACGGAUCUGAGAUCUAUACCUGAGAGAGUGGAAACAAUUAGCUGACAAUGAAGGCUGUACUUUUCUUGAUCGCCCUCCUUCCUCUGGCUUUUUGUGCCCCUUCUGAGGUGGACAAACGCUGGCUUGUUGACCUUCAUGCUGUUAUGGACCAGAUCAAGCACCUGAUCACACCAGACAUGGAGGUUAGCACCUGUAAUACUCUCUGUAAGUCCGUCGUCAGCGGCCUGGGAGAACUUGUCUGUCCCACCGCAUGCAGCACACUGAUCUCCACUCUCAACGGUUAAAUAAAUCUGUUAAAAGACUAA